AUGCUUUUCGCAAUCGCCUCAUUCUCGACCCGCCGAAUCAUAGCGACGCAACUUGCGACAGUGCAAGCGCAGCCUACUGUUUGCUCCGUCUGCGAAGAUAUCGAGCGACUCGAGGUCAAGUCGGCCGACAUGCACCGUUGGCCUUACGAGGAAUUCUCAGUAAAGGGCGGUACACUCAAGGAAGUCGCUGAGAGUAGAAGCUGUGUGUUCUGUACUUUGUGUGGAGACUGUUUGCUCAGUCUCCUCCAGAAGGCCUCAAGUGGCCCCCUGAUGAUGAUGAGAAAGUUACAAUCAGGGUCAGGAAACAGUGGCGGGAUUGUUUGA